AUGGUGUUGUUCGAUCAAUUGCAGCUACUUGGUGACAGUCAGGGUUUAGUGACUCCAUGGAGUGUGUCAUUAGCAUUGGUUGAUGCAUAUUUCGUGUUCGUUAAAGGCUUACCACGACAACCAAGGGUACUGUUAGUUGUCAUUGUUGGAGACUGGGCCUUGUCAUUUCUCUCACUAGCCGCGGCUUGCUCAACUGCUAGUGUGACAAGUCUUUUGGUCAAUGUCAGCUCGACAUAUUGCCCGUCAAAGAUAUGCAGUAGAUAUCAGUUGUCUGCAGCUAUGGCUUUCAUGUUGUGGUUUCUAUCCUUUGCUUUAACUCUCUUCAAUCUUUGGCUCCUUCUGUCUUUGUAGCGACUCGCAACUUCCAAGUUCCAACCCUUUCUUCAUACACAAAAAGUUCAGCAGGCAGAUCCUGACAGUUCCAUAGAUGUUCAAAUUAAGAAGUGUACAUUGACAGUAUUAUAUACAAACAUCAAAAUCUUGAACGAUAAAAUUGAAUUUCAAUGUUUUUUGAAUAAAGUUUGCUGCCAA